UCAUAUUUUGUUGAUCUCUUUAUUCUUUCCCAAACAGCACAGUUUUUAUUGCAGGUGUAUGUAAGGUUGUGAAGUCAGAUGGUGUCAUGGUAUGUGGUGUUUAUUCAGUUUUGUGUUGCUCAUUUUUUUCAUUCAUGAUGACUCUCUGUUGUUCAUAGCGUAAUGUUAGACUUUAUAUUGGGUUUUAUAGUUCCAAUUCUGUACUGAUAUAAUAUUGAAACUUCCUGUCCACCUUCAUGGCUUUUUUUUUUUUUUUGUGAUUGAGUUCCUUGAUUGUUUUAAACACAAAGUUACAAUUUUGAGUACAGAACUUUGUCACAUUUCUACUUCCUGACCAUUUUAUCCAUGCUGGCAUAUAUGAGGUGUGGGGAUGUGUAUUGUUAAUUUCCUAGGUACAUGAGUGUUUUGCUUCCAUGGAUAUGUUUUCAUCACUUUGGUGUUUGGUGCCCAGAGAAGACAAAGACUGUAUUGCAUGCCCAGUAAGAUGACUUAGAAGGAGUGCUGGUUAGAUCUGGUCAGCUUAACACAAGCUAGAGUCAGACUGGUUUGUGGGCAAAUGUAUAGGGUAUUUUCUUGGUUGAUGAGUGAUGUAACAGUGCUCAUCCCAGUGUGCUUGGUGCCACCCUGGACAGGUGGUCUUGAGUUGAAUAAGAAAGUAAUUCUAGGAAGCCAGGAGAUUAGGGCGGUGUGUUAGUCAAAGUUCUGUUGCUGUAAGAGACACCAUGACCAUGGCAGCUCUUCCAUAGGAAAUCAUUUGGUUAGAGCUGGCUUACAGUUUCAGAGGUUCAGUCUGUUAUUGUCAUGGAGGGGAGUAUGGUCACACACAGGCAAACACAGUGCUGGAGAGGAAGCUGAGAGUUUUAAAUCUAGAUCGGCAAACCUGAAUUAAGCAUUGAAACUCCAAAUCCCACCCCUAGUGACACACGUCCUCCAACAAGGCUAAAGGUCCUAGUCCCUCUCAAGUAGCACCACUCCCUAGUAACCAAGCAUUCAAAUCUUUGAGUGUAGUGGGGCAAGGUGGAGCACGUCUGUAAUCCCAGCAUUCUGGGAGGCAGAGGCAGGUGGAUCUCUGUGAGUCGAGUACAGCUUGGUCUACGAGUCCAGGACAGCCAGGCUCCACAGAGAAACCCUGUCUCAAAAAACCAAAAGGAAACCAAACCAACAAAAACCGUUUUAGUGUGUGGGCACCAUUUUAAUUCAGAGCAGCACAGGCAGUCAGCAGCAUUUCCCAGGUCGACAGCAUGUGGAAUGCCUAAAUCUCCAGUGUAUAAUUACAUUAAGUUAGCAAAAUCUGCUAGCCAGAGCUUGUUAUUAUAAAGAGCUUUUAAUUUACUAAUCUCUAAGUGUGGUGUUAUUUCACGUUCCAGACCAGCUUUCCUCUAGGCUUUCAGAAAACUUUUUUUUUAUACGGAAAGGUCUCUUAUGUUGACUCAGGUUGUCUUCAUCCCACUAUGUAGCCACACAGGCUUUGCUGCCGUUCUUCGUCAACCUCCUCAAUUCUUGGAUUAAAGAUUUGUAGCACCACACAGUUUCACAGUUUUAAGAAUACCCAUUUGAGUCACGGAGUGCACUGUCCAUAGCAGUAACGGGAAAAGGAUUUGUGUGUGGAGCAUGGCUUCUUUCUUGAAAGCAGAAUAGAAGGAAUAGUUUACUGUGAACACUGUAGGGGGAACAGGCUGUUUAAGUCAGUGAGCUGCAGGGGACUCCAUUAUAUAUCUUCUGAUGUGGCAGGAUGCAGUGACCUAUGAGGAUGUGCAUGUGAACUUCACUCAUGAAGAGUGGGCUUUGCUGGAUCUUUCCCAGAAGAAUCUCUACAAAGAUGUGAUGCUGGAAACCUACUGGAACCUGACUGCUAUAGGCUACAAAUUGGAAGUCUACAAUACUGAAGAACACGGUCAAAGUUCUAGAAGACAUGGAAGGUAUAGUAUCAGUCAUUCUGGAUACAAGCCUUGUGAGCAUAAGGGAUGUGGAAAGAAGCAAUGUACCUUUACACAUAAUAGUUUUCUUCAAAUAUGUGAAAGAAUCUGUACCGAAGAGAAACCUUCUGAAUGUAAUCAACCCAGAAAAGCCUCGGUAAAUUUUUGUACUCUUCAAAAACAUGAAAAAAAUCAUACUAGAGAAAAACCCUAUGAAUGUAAUCAAUGUGGUAAAGCCUUUGCAAGUCGCAGAUAUCUUCCAAUACAUGAAAGAACUCAUACGGGAGAGAAACCCUAUGAUUGCAAUGACUGUGGGAAAGCAUUUGCACGUCGCAGUAACCUUCAAAGCCACAAAAGAAUUCAUACAGGAGAGAAGCCCUAUGAUUGCAAGGAAUGUGGUAAAGCAUUUUCAACUCGCCAUCAUCUUCAGGUGCAUAAAAUAAUUCAUACAGGAGAGAAACCCUAUGUAUGUAAUCAAUGUGGUAAAGCCUUUGCAUUUCAGAGUGGUCUUGAAGCACACGAAAAAACGCAUACUGGAAAGAAGCCCUAUGAGUGUACUCAAUGUGGUAACACCUAUGGAAGUCGUAGUAGUCUUCGAAAUCAUGAAAAACAUCACACUGGAGAGAAACCAUAUGUAUGUAAUCAAUGUGGUAAAGCCUUUACAAGUCAGAGUAUUCUGCGCAGGCAUGAAAUAAUUCACACUGGAGAGAAACCCCAUGCAUGUAAUCAAUGUGGUAAAGCCUUUGCAUGUCGCAGUAGUCUUCAAGUACAUGAAAGAACUCACACUGGAGAGAAACCCUAUGAGUGUAAUCAGUGUGGUAAAGCCUUUGCAAGUCGUGCUAGUCUUCAAACUCAUGAAAAACAUCACACAGGAGAGAAACCCUAUGAAUGUAAUCAGUGUGGCAAAACCUUUGCAAGUCAUGCUAGUCUUCAAAAGCAUGAAAAGCAUCAUACUGGAGAGAAGCCAUAUGGAUGCAAUCAGUGUGAUAAAGCCUUUGCCUUAAAGUGUGAUCUUCAAAUACAUGAAAGAAGUCAUAGUGGAGAGAAACCCUAUGGAUGUAGUCAAUGUGGGAAAGCCUUUGCAAGUCGCAGAUAUCUCCAAAAACAUAAAAGAAGUCACACUGGAGAGAAACCGUAUGAGUGUUCUCAGUGUGGGAAAGCCUUUUCAUGUCGCAGUAAUCUUUAUAUACAUGAAAGAAGUCACACUGGAGAAAAACCAUAUGAAUGUACUCAAUGUGGUAAAGCCUUUGCAUGUCGCAGUAAUCUUCAUGUACACGAAAGAAGUCACACUGGAGAGAAACCGUAUGAAUGUACUCAAUGUGGUAAAGCCUUUUCAUGUCGCAGUAAUCUUCAUGUACACGAAAGAAGUCACACUGGAGAGAAACCGUAUGAAUGUACUGAAUGUGGUAAAGCCUUUGCAUAUCCCAUUAGUCUUCAUAAUCACAAAAAAUGUCAUGUUGGAGAGAAACUCUAUGGAUGUAAUUGAGGCAGUAAAGCUUUGUUAUGUUACUAUAAUAUUCAUACACUUCAAAAAAACCCAUACCAGUGAGAAACCCUACAAAUGUAAUCUAUGUGAUAAUGCCUCUGCAUGUUACAGUCUUCUUCAGAGGCAUGAAAGAGUUCAUACUGGAGAGAAAUACUGUGAUUCUAAUAAAUGCAGUCAACCUUUGCACACCAA